GUUCGUUCCCACCGAUGUGCAAUACAAAUAUAUUGAAGUUUAACGCCGUUUGGAUCAUUGACACUGCUUCCAAAACGAUUAAAUCUACGGUGAAAAGCCUUGUAUUUACAGACUGAUGUUAAUCACUCUGUAACAAUUGUUGUUGAUUGUUACCGUUUGCGUGUGUUUAACUCGCUUUCAGUUCCACUUGACUUGAACGCAGCAACGAGCCCUAACAGGAAGUGCCUGUCAUGCAGGACACAACGUGAAAGUCAACGGUAAUGCUCAAUGAAACAAAAUAAACUUUUAAUAAGAAGCAUUGUCGCACAAUUGGAAAAUCCUCCAACCUAUCAAUCUUAGCAGACUCGAUGUUUAACGCCGCUAUUAAAGCAGUAGAUGUUGUGUUGAAUGUGUCCUUAUCUCGGAGGACAGUUUUAUGUAGUAUUCGGCAUUACUGCAAGAAGUCAUCAAAGAAGCUCAGAGUAUCAGAGGCACUUGAAGGGUCAGAUGUGGGAUCCAACAUCACAGUAGAGGGUUGGGUUCGGUCCGUCAGGUCUCAAAAGGACAACUUGUUUGUGCAUGUGAACGAUGGAAGCUGUCUGCAGCCACUGCAGAUAGUCGCCAGCUCUGAGCUCAAUGAUGCCCUGCUUACGUUUGGGAGUGCUGUUGAAGUCACCGGUUGUCUGAAGCAAAGCCCAAGCAGGAAGCAGCCAGUGGAGUUGCUGGCCGACCGAAUCAAUGUAGUUGGAGGAUGUGACACUCUGGAAUUUCCGUUUAAAAUCAAAGAGAGACAUGGCCUUGACUAUGUCCGCCAAUAUCCUCAUAUGAGAUGCAGGACCAACGUCUUCAGCUCCAUGAUGAGAAUAAGAAGCGCAGCCUCGGCGGCCAUCCACUCCCACUUCACGGAAAGAGGCUUUAUCCAGAUUCACACUCCGGUGAUCACCUCCAAUGACUGUGAAGGAGCAGGAGAACUCUUCCAGGUGGAGCCCUCAGGCCAGACAACUGAACCAGACAAGAACUUCUUCUCAGUUCCUGCCUUCCUGACCGUAUCUGGUCAACUGCAUCUAGAGGUCAUGUCAGGGGCAUUCUCCCGUGUCUACACGUUCGGACCGACCUUCCGAGCCGAGAACUCCCAGAGCCGGCGCCACCUAGCUGAGUUCUACAUGGUGGAGGCCGAGCUGGCCUUCACACAGUCCCUGGAAGACCUCACCAAGGUGAUGGAGGACUUGUUCCGCAGUGUUACGGAGCAGGUCUUGGACCGGUGUUCUGAAGACGUGGAUCUGUUUCACCAGCGGGUCUCACCCGGGCACAGGGCCGUAGUGGAGGCCAUGCUGAAGGAGAGCUUCACUGUGAUCAGCUACACAGAAGCCAUUGACAUCCUCAACCGAUCCUCACACAAUUUCGUCUUUCCAACAACUUGGGGCUGUGACCUCCAGACGGAGCAUGAGAAGUUCCUGGUGAAGCACUGCGGAAACCUCCCCGUCUUCGUCACGGACUACCCCUACGACCUGAAGCCCUUCUACGCAAGGGACAACGUGGACCACCCGCUUCAUACGGCGGCUGCGGUCGACCUGCUGGUCCCAGGGGUCGGGGAGCUCUGCGGGGGGUCGCUGAGAGAGGACCGACUCGACCUGCUGACCGCACGCCUGGCCCAGGCUGGCAUGGAGGACACGUAUGACUGGUAUUUAGACCUCCGGCGCUUCGGUUCUGCCCCUCACGGGGGCUUCGGGAUGGGGUUCGAGAGAUACCUGCAGUGCAUCCUGGGAGUUGACAACAUUAAAGAUGUCAUUCCUUUCCCCAGAUUCUCCCGUUCUUGUCAACUGUAAAAAAACAACAACAUCCAAAUGUGGAAUGUCUUGCAGCUUUUCUCUUGCACCGAAUAAACAUUUAUAGGUGUUUAAAA